CUUGUGUGUCCCCAGAGAACGUGGGCAGCGUGGUGGCUUCGUAUUCGACUGGGGCGACUCGGCUCCACGGUCGCGAACGCAGGAAAUUCUCUUUGAAGACUUUCGGAACACUUCCAAGUCACUGCAGCACUUGCUCUAUCUGUCUGUUCACACCAAGCGGGAUGCGUGCCGUGGCUGUUAUCGGAUAUACCCGAUCACAUGCUGCGCCUCAAGGUUCUCUCUCCUUCUCUAAGACCACAGCUUCGAUUACGAGUACAAGCCAGCGCGUGUCCUACAGGCACAACCUCAGAGGAUGGCCAAACAAUGGGCUUGGCAGCCACUCACGGUUUUCGGGGCGGUCUCCGCGGCAUCUCGGCCUAAUAAGCUUUUGAGCUUCGAGAACACUGAGCGUGUGUACAUAACCCGGUGAAACGAGAAGUUACUUCGUCGCUUGACCACGACCCCCAAUUCUGAGCGCUGCCAGCUGUCGCUCUCCUAGCGCCGCGCUGUUCUUCCCGUCCUCCUCCUCCUCCUCCCCUGCUCACACUCGGCAUUACAAAACGAUGCCGCUCUGGAACCAGCGGACGUCCGAUAAUGGAUGGGGCAGGUACUUACGCUGGGGAAGUUUGCUCGUUGCUCUGUUAGCCUGGUGUACUGCGCUUGCAGCGCAGAUCGUAUCAACCACAAUCUUGGGUCGAGCCUCGGUUGGCCCCCUGUGGUUCGCGAUCCUCCUUCAACUUAUCGUCGUCUUGGGCGUGCUCAGGCUGAUCCCCCUCUCUUCCCCAACUGUCGCCCACUCGGCGACGGCGUGCAUCGUAUUCGGUGUCCUCGCCAUCGACUCCCACCUUUUCUCCUCGCGGGUGAUUCAGAAAGCGUUGGGCAUAGCCUGGCUCGUUCUGACUCUGAUUGACAUUUCGUGGGUCGUGCGUUUGACUCACGUCGCCGAUGGCGCCGGAGUAGAGGGUCGGAGUGCUGAUGCCGCACUACCCGGAAUCGGAUAUUAUGUCCACAAGCACGGGAAAGACGAGGAGACCAAUUCAGAUUCCCGAGCGAGCGGGAGCGGUUCUCAGCAUGCCUCGCCAGUGGGGCAUCCAGAGCUCGCGCAGUUCUCUGAUUUAGUGGGGCGCAGCAUUUAUCCUCCUCCGCGACCGGUGAUCGAGCCAAUUGAGGAGGAGGAGGAUUCGCUCGACGUUGAGAUCGAGACGUGUCCCCGUCCGCAUUUGGUUGGAGUAGCUCCCACCAGCCGUCCAUCAAGCAUGAAUUUCGGUCCUCCGCAAGCUCCAUCCGCCGCACAUAACACCACGCGCACUGGGCAGUAUUAUCAAAACCAGCGUCACCUCUCGACCAUAUACGACACGAGCCACAUCGAAGCGGAGCCAGAGAUCGAUACGGUCCAAGACACCAAUGCGACGACUUCAAUAUCUGACGCGCAUUCGGAGUAUCAUUCGCAGCCCAGUACCUCCAAUCUUCAUUCGACGCCCCUGAAACGCGUCUCUGCCACGAGUGAAUCCGACUUCGAGCCAGUUCAGAUCGCUGCCACCGAGUAUCCAUUCAGGGUCAGGGCGAAGGGAAAUUGGAUCCCGAGAAGUGCUUCCGAACUCAGCUUCCGUAAAGGCGAGAUCAUGCACAGUGCAGAACGGGAUCGGAAAGGAUGGUGGAAGGUUCAGAGGGCUGACGGGAUGGUUGGAUCGGCACCUUCUAAUUAUUUGACGAUGAUGGAGGAGUGAAGCUGCAAUAAGCAUCUGGACAAUAUUCGCUUCUUGGCUCGAUCCAUGAUGGAAUGAUUGGCUGCGGAGACAGCCGGGAGUAGCGUCGUCGCUUGCACGUGAUGGUAUUCCACUUUAGGAAUUCUCCUGUUCAAGUUCUGAUCCCACAGGAAUUUUCUCCGCGUCCAGAAUCGUUUAUCUUCAAAUUAUUCGAUUAGAUAAAUGCUCCAGAAAAUCGUGAUAGGACAUCAUUCCCAACAGACGGAUGCUCGGACACAAAUGCCAUGAUAAACGCGAGUAUUAUCUGCUUUUUAUGGCGGAACUGUCCGGGCCGCUGAACCACUGAUAAGGAGAUCGCAACUUGUUCGGUGUCUCAAUGAACGUGAUAUUGCCCUUCGCGGGCCCCAUUCACUCUGCAAAGAUCGUGGCACUUCCAAGUGUUCAAUAGAUCUACCGAUUGUCGAUCCUGACAUGCGCCUUCAUUGGGUCCCAUAGAGCCCGGUCCGGACGGUCGAUGAUAUCUGGGCACGCGUGACUUCGAAGAGUGGUCUAACUGAUGCAGACCAAAUACCACCUGAUAUCCGUGGUUGAUGCGUGAGACAGUUCGAGUCAAUUCGGGCAAUCAGUUGAAAAACCUCAAUAGGUCAUGGGAUAGACGGUGGAAGGUGUGUCAGGGAUGUAUCCAGGCAGUGAAUGUACUUGCGGGUGCAGAAGGCCCCGUCUCAAAGGGGGCAUCGUUCAUGAUUACAGCAGUAUCAAUGAGCGGGGUUGACACUCUCGGCGAACCAGAAUGUCCGUUCUGGCUGCUAUGACUUUGCAUUCCGAUUCGAGUGGUGCAGUUAUUGGGAAGACUGAUGGGACACAGACCCAGCCGAUUCGGAAGUGGCGAAAGAUUGGAUCUGGGUUUUGAUUACUUUUUUUUACAGUACCAUAGUUUCCGACACUGCGGAUCGGCGGCUACAGCAAUUUUUGAACUGAGGUGCUUCG